CAGCGCGCUGCUGCUGAAUGUGUACUCUCAGAGUGUACUGCUGUUUUGUUUUUGUCGGAUCAAAGUUCAAAGGUCAUAAUGGCCAACAAAAUUUUAAGUGAGCGGAUAUCGACGACUUUCUUAGGUAAUCAUUUUUUUUUAAAUGAAUUGCAGUCAAUUUUAGAAGAAAGCGAAGAUCCACAAUCACUAAUCAAAGCUUCAAAUCCAAAAUCUGGUGAUCGACUUGUUCAUUUAGCCUCCAGACAUGGACGUGUAGAAAUUUUGAGCCUGCUGAGUAAAUAUGGUGCCGAUUUCGAGGCUGGGAACUUGGAUGGCAAGCGACCUCUUCACGAGGCGGCCGCGUCGAGUAAAGUGACUUCCGUGCAAUUUCUCCUAUCGGUUAAUGUUUCUGUAGAUUGCUUAAAACGUGCCGAUUGGACGCCCCUUAUGUUGGCAUGUGCAAAGAAAAACAUUGAAAUCAUCAAGGAACUUGUCAAUGCAGGUGCUGAUCUAAAUUUGAAAAACAAAGAUGGAUGGACAUGUUUUCAUAUUGCUUCAAGAGAAGGCCAUGUUGAUAUUUUAUCAUAUCUGCAUGACUGCAAUGAUUCACUCUGGGAAACAGUUAGUAAAAAUGGACGAACACCUCUUCACACUGCAGCUCUACAUGGUAGGCUAGAAGCCUGUGAGUUUCUGCUAACUCGCUGUCAUUUUCCUGUGGAUGUACAGGAUAGCUGCGGAUCAACACCGUUGAUGGAUGCAGCGAGGGCAGGCUUUCCUGAGGUAGUUGAUAAACUUAUCAACCUACACCAUGCAGAUGUCAGGAAGUGUGACGUCCUAGGUCGUCAAGCAAUCCAUUUGGCAAGCCAGGCUGGUGAAUGUGGUGUUAUACAAUAUUUGUUGAAGGAACAGAACAUUUCUGUCAACUCUAUCAGUCAACCAAGUUCACUCACCCCUUUACAUUUUGCCUCAAAGGAAGGAAGAACAGAUGCAAUAUCGUACUUACUCCAAGAAGGAGCAGAUGCUAACAUCCAAGAUUCAAAAGGUAGAACAGCCUUGCACAUGGCGGCCGGAUCACAGAACGUGGACAGCAUACGCCUCCUGUUGUACAGUGGUGCUAAGAUAAUCCCCGAUAAGAAAGGUGUCAAGCCAAACACUCUAGCUACAAACAACUUUGCCAAGAUGCUGUUUGAUGAAAUAAGUUGAGACCCAUCUAUGAUGCCUAGGUAUUUCUUUAGGACAUGAAUUAACUAUUAGGACAGUACCAGUCCUUGCGAAUGUAAAACUUGAAAGUUAAAAUUACACAUUUCGUACUCUCAUAUAGAGGGGGAAUUAUAUUAAGAGAUUCAGUUUGGGAUUCUGCAAAUGGAAUGGAUAGUUGGAUGAGAAGGGGAACGAACCCGAGUUCUUUGUUUCCAUAUCUAGUGGCCUAAGCCACCACUGCAUACCCCAAACUAAUGCAAGCUGUAAAUAUCAUAGUUUAACCCAAUUGAUUUGCGGGUUUCAGUUAGUCUUGCCGUUCAUUUUCAACUACAAAUAUUCAUUUAUAAAACAUUUUUUUUACACUGUUGCAAUACCGGCUGAAAAUGAUCAAACAGAAAGAAAUCACGACUUUUUUGAUAGUUACAAAUAACACAUAAUAUUAAUAUAAAGAAAUGAAGUCAAAAUGGCCAGGGAUGUAACAUACCCCUGCCGGGAAAAAGAAUGUUUGUACACAAACCUUUGUGUUUACUACAAAAAUGAAUUAUCAGAAAUAAUAUACAUCUACCGCAAAGACAUUAUCUUUGCCUUGGAUAUGAAGUUGCAGAUGAUAUUCUGUUAUCCAGCAAUGGCCAUCUCAACAAUCGUUGAUUUUAUUUUUCAUUCUAUUAAUAAAUGAUUAAUGAUUAUGUCUGUAUAUAAUAAUAA